UCUCACGAAUUGGAGACCCCUCACCCUCAAUCAAUAUAAUAUGUCAGCGACAAACAGUAGUACCUUAAAAAAAUUGUAUCCGAAACUCCCUAAAUGGAUACCAAUAUCUAUUCCUAAUAAAUUAAAAUUAAUUGGAAAUUCUUCUCUAUAUACGGAAGUAAAAUAAUUUACAUGCAAUAAUCCGCUAAGAUAUAUUAAGCCUCAGCAAAACAAACCUCAACAUUUCCAUCUAAAAUAAUUGCGACAAGUGCUAGGCCGGAUUCGAUCUACUUCAUGCUCUCAACUGCAAAAAGGCGGACCUGUUAAGAGAAGACAUUAAGGCAAGACAAGACAGUCGUGUUGGGCAAAGCAGCUUGUUCGUGACGCUGGCGCAAUUGAGCCGGCAUUGAUCGCUGUCAUACAGCUGUCUGCAACCUUUCCCAGGACUGGCUUCGUACAGCUCAGGCCGCUGAAAAUGAGGAGCAUGUCAAGUACUACCGAACAGCAGAGGAUCUUUAUGCCGAAUUUAGCGCAUUUUCUAAGAGAAUGGUUGCUUCGAAUUCGAGGGCCCGGAGAAGGAUACGAGUACUUGGGCUAGAUGAUCAGGGUUGUGCUUCCAUGGCUAGAUGCUAAAGCUCCUAUUCACUUCUAAAUAUAUUUUUCCCCUCCCAAAUCAUUGAUUUUUCAAAUAAAUGUGAUGAAUAAAUCUUGAUAGUUAACUAGUUAGUUUUAUAAUCUUCAUACAGAACAUUUAUGGUAUUUUCUUCCCACCAUAAAAUAUUUUAAAUCUAUGAUUAUCACAAAUGUCAAGACGUCAAUCUAACUACAUUUUGUAUAUGCAUUUUUUAAGGUUAUGUUAUUUCUUACUUUGUAAGACUGUUUACAUUUUUAUUAUGAAAUUGUUUACUCUUGUAUUUAGUGUUAAAAUCAAUUGAAAUAGUUGCAAAAAUGACAGAUAGUCUGAAAAGAUGUGAGCCAUCAAAAUGGCUUCGUCCAUCGGAUGUAAUGAAAUUACAUAAAUUAAAACAAAGAAAAAAGGCCUUACAAGCCAGGAUAAAAGGUAAUACUCAAGAUUGUUCAUCAGCUAAUUCUAAUCCAUCAAACUCGUUCGAAAAUGUUUUUUCGGCAAAAAAACGUACUAAUCCUUUUCUAAAAUCAAGCGACUCAAAAAAGUUUAAAAACGGCCAGAAUAUAUCUUUGGAAGAAUCGACAGAUCAGACUUUAUUUAAAUUAUUGAAUCCAAAAGCUGCAGAUUCAUCUAGUAAUACUUUCACAUCCUUUAGUAAUUUAUUGAAUAAAUUGGAUUCUAAUAGCAAAGAAGAACCUGUUGAAAUUGUUAAAGCUCAAGGAGAAAGUUGGUUACCUAUUGAUUGGUCUUUAAAAGAUAAAGUUAGAUUAAUAUCGACAAAACCGUUUUCUUGGAGUCAAAAAUUGAAAGUUAGUGAAGAGGCUAGUGGUAUUACAGCUUUUACUAGAUGUUUAGAUAAUGAUACUGAUAAUAAUUUAGAUUCAUCCCCAAAUGCAAAAUUCCAUCAAUGUUGUUUGUAUUGGAUGCAACCAAACUUACCAUGGUUGAAAUUGUUCCCCAGAACCUCUAGUAAAAUUCAGAAUAGUUUCCCUGUAAAUGCAUCUAUAAAAGAAAGUCUACAACAAGCAUGGCGUGAUAGUUUAAGAUCCCUAUUUCAAUUAAUAAGAACAAGGCAGUGUCCUUAUUUCUAUGUAUGUGCAAAUACGUUUACAGUGCUUUUUAGGGCAGCAGGUAUAAGUGGAUUUACAGAUGUUCAUGUACUUGUUACCCCUACAACCAGAGGCUUAAGACACCUGAUUAAACAAGAAGAAAUCGAAUAUUCAAUGCCUCUUAAGAACAGGUCCUCUGAUCAAGGAUACGAGACGUGGGAUUCUGUAACUAGCGAACAAAGUGAGGAAAUUGGGGAACAAAUCGAAGAUAAAGAUGAUUCCGAUGAGAAUUGGAUGAAGAGUAUGGGAAUUGAUGAUAGGGAUAUUAAACAAAUUAACUACAGCCAGGAAAGGAUGAUUCACAAGGCGGAAUGUGAAAUUGACAACAGUGAACAAAGUCUGGUUAUGAUAGAAGGUGGAGAAGUUCAUGGUUUCUACAAUUUUCUACUUAAUUGUAAAAGUGCUACUGCUCUUACAGGAUCUCUAGCAGGGAUACCACCGACGCUUUUAGCUCCCGUAGCUUUUCACGGAGCUACCAUAAAUUCGUUAAAAGUUAGGGAAAGCAAAGUGUAUACGGACGACACAAAUUUUUAUUCUUUAGAACUUUCUGGACCAAUUCUACCUAGUAUGCCACAUAAUUUAUUCUGCCUCACUACUCCGGAUUGUAGUUUAACUGCUACUUUUAAUAAUUUACGGACAACUGAAUGUUUUAGUAAAGUGAAAAAUACUGAACAACGAUCUGUUAUUGAAAAUACUGGAAGUGUAGUGUUUGGAAAAGAAAAUUUAUCAGAUUGUGGUUUAUUACCAAAAGUGUUGAAACAUUUUUGUGCUGCUAACAGUGACUAUGUGACUAACGUAGAGUGUUUAAAGUAUACCAGUGAAAAUAAAACUUUUACUUGGACUUGAAUUGCAAAGCUGGCACUAAGCAAAUAAGGCAUAUUUUGGAAUUAAAAAAAGAAGUGCAAAGAUAUCGCAAUAAUUUUAUUUUUACAUGAAAGCCUGUACCUUAAUCUACUUUUCUACAUACUUUCCGUG